AUGUUACCUGAUGAACUUAGACCUAUGGAUGAAGACCCAGAAGAUGUGGUGGAUAACUACUAUGAUCAUCUCUAUGACUUUAUUCCCACAGAAUCUGAGGAGAAUAUGGCUGGACCCUCAAAGCUUCCUGAUGAAGAUGAUGAGGAGUGUAUUGAGGUACCCCACCCUACUGCAGGCAAGGUGAUUAGGAUGGAUAAAAUGGUAUAUGAAAGAUGGAGGAGAGAAUUUGGAGCUGAGGAUAUAGAUGGUGAUAUGGAUAUGGAUUCAAAUAUGUCAGAUAGAUCAAGGAACAUUUUUGCACCCUUUGCAUCAGAGCUAGACUGGAGGGUUUCUUGCUAG